GAAGGCCUAGGCUGUGGUCUUGUUUUGGCAGUGGUUGCCUACAUCUUGAUUCUCAGAGUUAAUUUACUGCUAAACCUCACAAAGAGAGGAAUGGAGUCCCAGGUGCGUCAGAAUUUCCAUGCUGAGUGCGAGGCUGCUGUGAACCUCAUGGUGAACCUGGAGCUGUAUGCUAGCUAUGUCUAUCUGUCCCUGUCCUACUACUUUGACCGUGAUGAUGUGGCCCUGAAGCACAUGGCCCAGUUCCUGAAGGAGCAGUCCCAUGAGGAGUGGGAGCAUGCAGAGAAAUUCCUGAAAUACCAGAACAAACGAGGGGGACGCAUUGUCCUGCAGGACAUCAAGAAACCAGAGCGGGAUGAGUGGGGAAACAGCUUGGAGGCCCUGCAGUGUGCCCUGCAGCUGGAGAAGAGGGUGAACCAGGCCCUGCUGGACCUGCACAAGCUGGCUACUGAGAAGAAUGACCCCCAUCUGUGUGACUUUCUGGAGUCUGACUACCUGGAGGAGCAGGUGAAGGCCAUCAAGCAGCUGGGAGACCAUGUCACCAACCUGAAGCGUCUCGGAGUACCCCAGAGUGGCAUGGGGGAGUACCUGUUUGACAAGCUCACCCUGGAGGAGAGCAGUUGAACUCAACUCUAGGGAUAUUGGUUAUUUGGUGGCUCAUCUGUAUGCAAAGGAAAUAAGAAUUGAGCUAAAUACUGUGAAUAAAACAUGGCUUUCAGUUGUAACAUGA